CGACUUCGGCAUCGCCGAAUCCCCCAACCAAGAGAGAGAGAGACAGUCAGAGAGCCAUGUCGUCGUCGGCGUCGCGCGCCGCCAGGCUCCUCCGCCGCGCCUCCUCCGCCCUGUCCCGUCGCUGCGCCCACUCCUCCUCCGCCGCCGUGCCGUCCCGCCCGCCCGUCCCGCUCCCUCGUUUCCGCCCCGCCGCCGCAUCGUCCUCCUCGUCGUCUUCGGGGGCCACCGCCCGCCGCUUCCUUUCGACGCACUCCCCGGCGUCGUCCGCGUCUUCCAAGGCCUCCGCCGACGAGAACCUCGUGCGGGUCAUUGACUCCGAGAUCGAGUGCGUCGUCCAGUCCGAGGAGUCCUCCGCUAAGCAAAUUGAUCUACCAGAAGACUUCCCUUUUGAGAUAAUCGACAACCCUGGUGAUCAGUCCAUAACACUCAAAAGAGAAAUUGCAGGAGAGACUAUUAAAGCUACUGUCUACACUAACUUUGAUACUGAACAAGAUUUGAAUGAGGAUGGCAGUGGUGAUGAGGACAAUGAGGAAUCUUUUAAGCCAGCGAUCCAGAUGGUCGUCACUGUUGAGAAAUCAGAAGCCCCCAUCUUAGAAUUUGAAUGCCACUUCAAUGAUGAUGAACUGGCAAUUGAAAAUAUGAGGAUGCUGGAUCAAAACAAUCGUGAUUCUGAGAGUUUCUAUGGGGGCCCGCCUUUUCAGGAUCUUGAUGAGAGCUUACAGAAGGCCUUGCACCGGUAUCUUGAAGUGAGGGGAAUCAAGCACUCGCUGUAUGACUGGCUGCACGAGUACAUGAUGAGCAAGGAUGAGAAGGAGUACGUGGUUUGGUUGAAGAACAUGAAGGAAUUCAUUCAGAAUUGAAUGCCAUAUACCAAGCGAUCAUAAUUAUCCAAAGCAACUUGUCACGUUUGGUGAAUUGCCAUAAAUCCUUGCUGUUUACCCAGCACUUUUUGUUAGCUAGCCGUUUAUUUAUUUAUCCAUGUGAGCUUUGGAUGACCAUGUUAUUGUUUUGCUGUCGAGGUUAUCCUCAUUUCAACGGGCUAAUGGUCUCCACACCUUAUCCAACCCAGGAAUUAAUUAUCUCAUUUUAGUGUAUUACGUACA